AGCGAGAGUGCCGCAGGGGCUGCCGGGAGAUGUAGUCCCGCACCUGUCACGUGACGUUGGACGCGGAAGUAGCCGGCUGAUCCUCUCGGUUUAUUCGGUCCUAAAGAUGAGCGGACGGAAAGAGGAUCGGGGCGGGGGGAGAGGAGGGAGACCGGCGGCGAAGGGGCAGGCCCCGUUCCUUCUGGGUGGUAUUCCUGACAGUGGCGACUCGGACGACGAUGGAAAUUUGGAAGCAGAGCUGUUGGCUAUCACCGGGGGGAACCGAGCAGCAAACAAGGGAAAACCCAAAGGAAAAACCCCUCUCCCCAUGGAACAUGUGGAGCGGAUGGCAGCUCUCUGUAUGCAAGAUGUUGAAGACGAGGAUGAUGAGGGAGAUCUGGAAAAUGAUGAAGAUUUGUUGGCAGAGUUGGACGAAGUCUUGGGGGAGGAAGAAGAGGAGCCGAGGAUGACAUCGCCCCCUACACAGGCCACCCUAUCUGCAGCGGGCAUGGAGAGUACACUGACAGAGCGCCUGGAUAAUUAUAAACAAGCUUUGACGAAUGCCAAACAGUCCGGAGAGUCCAGCAAAGUGAGGAGAUACGAGAGAGGUGUGAAGACUCUGGAGGACUUGUUGCGUACUGCCAAGAAGGGUGGGUCUGUGUCUCCUGAGGACAUCCCCCCUUCUGUGGCUGUGGGGAAGGCCACCAGUACUCCUCUACCCAUGCCUGCUGUUAUCAUUACCCCUGAUCCUCCUACGGAUCCCAAACCUGCGGUGAACGGCGUAGUCCACCAGGCGUCUCCAGCCAUCAAAACCCCUCCCCUGGUGCCUGCAAAGCCUCAGAGUCUUCCCCAAGCUGUGACCUCCACAGCGGCACCGGUCCGUUCCUCUGCUCCAGCCACUCCUAGCCCAGGUUCCGAUGGAAGCAAGGCUCGAGUCCUGGAGCGGCAGAGGGAGUACAAACUGGCAGCUCUACAGGCCAAGCAGCAAGGAGACUCUGAGCUGGCCAGCAAGUAUUACCGUAUUGCCAAGUCUCUGGAACCCAUGCUGUCCUCUCUGGAUUCCGGACAGACCAUGGAUUUGAACAGCCUCCCUCCAUCGCCAGAUCAGCUGACUCCAAAUAAGACGUUGGCUCCCCAGUCUCCAGUGAACACAGAACCUGCCUCCUCCCCUGUGCAUCACCCUCCGCCUGCAGCCGCUCCUCCUAAAGACACACUGGAAGCUCUGCAGCAGCGGAUGGAGCGGUACCGCAGUGCCGCCGAGCAGGCGAAGGGGAAGGGAGACGACCGCAAGGCGCGGAUGCAUGAACGCAUUGUGAAGCAAUACCAAGAUGCCAUCCGGAGCCACAAGGCUGGGAAACAAGUCAAUCUGGCAGAAUUGCCCGUGCCACCAGGUUUUCCCCCAAUCCAGGGAACAAGCGAAGUUCCGCAAGAGCAAAGUCUGGUUGGUGUAUUGGAGUCGGCCAUGAAGCUGGCCAAUCAGCAGGAUGGGGGAGGAGAUGAUGAUGAUGACGACGAUGAUGAAGGUUUGCAGAAGCCUGCCCCUUGUGCAGGACUACCAUCACAGCCGCAGCCAGCAGCACCCAAGACGUCUCCCUCCAAGAGCCCCAAAUUGUCUGGGAAAGCCGCCCAACAGCUUCAGUUCCUGGAAGGGAGAAGGAAGCAGCUAAUGGCUGCCGCCCUCCGCUCUAAACAACACCGGGACAUGGAAGGAGCCAAAAUGUACUUGAGGCAGUCCAAAGGCCUGGACCCUAUGAUAGAGGCUGCACGAGGCGGACUGCCUGUAGAUAUUACUAAGGUCCCACCAGCCCCGGUAAACCAAGAAGACUUUAAUCUGGAGCAGCAGCAUAGAGGAAGCAUCCCCGCCCAGAGCAGCGACAAAUAUAACAAGCUGAUGGAACAGCUCAAAAACCAGCACGAGAUGUGUAUGACGUCUUCUCAGCAAUUUACCCACCUGGGAAAUAUCACAGAGACCACAAAGUAUGAGAAGUUAGCAGAGGAAUGCAUGAAAUACAUCGAGAUGGUGAAACAGGCUCACUUACGGGGUCUCCCGGUGCCUCGCUGCCACUAUGAGGAGCGGACGAUCAGCGUUGUGAAGAUCUUUCCAGAUCUGACCAAUACGGAUCUUGUGCUCUACGUGAAGAAAGCGGUGAAUUUACCCACACCCGCAGGGUCAUCUCCCAGCGACAUGGAUACUUUUGUGCGAUUUGAAUUUGCUUAUCCCAGUCUGGAGGAAGCUCAGAGAGACAAAACCAAUGUGCUGAAGGGAACCAACUCUCCAGUGUAUAAGGAGAAGUUCAAUCUACAGAUAAAUCGCAAUCACCGCGGCCUGAAGAGAGCCAUACAGGCAAAAGGGAUUAAAUUGGAGGUCAUCCAGAAAGGGGGGCUCUUUAAAUCAGACCGUGUGGUUGGGACGGCUCACCUCAAGCUUGAGACUCUGGAGAACACCUGUGAGAUCCGCGACAUUCUGGAGGUGAUGGAGGGCCGCAGACCCACAGGGGGUAAGCUGGAGGUGUGCGUACAAAUUCGGGAGCCCUUCUCAUCUCAGCAGCUGAGCAGCAGCACAGAGAAAUGGCUGGUUGUAGACCCUAUCGCUCUUCCUCCGGCGCCUGUUCCAAAACCCAAACAGCCGACCCCAAAUAAAUCUGCAUCCAGUAGCACCACCACCCUGCACAGCCUGAGUGUUUUGGCCUUUGAGAAGGAAAAGUUAGAGAAGAGGAUUCUCGAUUACAGACAGCAGCACCGCGCACCUCCCGGGGACCUGGUCACCCUGCUGAAUGAUGUCGUACAGCGUAGCCAACAACAGAUACAGCAGCUGCGCCAGGGAGGACCUGCUGCGCGAGCUGAAUACGUUUCUCAGCUGGAACGGUACCUGCAGUUCUAUUCAGACUCUGCUCGGCGCCUGGGACAGGAGGGAAAUCGGGACGCAGCUAAGGAGGCCUUGUACAAGAGGAACCUUGUAGGCAAUGAGCUGCAGAAAUUUAAAAUGUCUAGAUGAAGAAGCCACGAGAAUUGGAGUCCAUUGUUUACGUGCCCCCUUAGAAGACGGGGCACCGUGCCUUAUUUCUCACACUCCCAUAUGCCUGUGUCCCAUCGGUUGUGACAAUCAGACAUGUAUAGCACUUGAUUCCGAUGCUCUGCUACAAUUAUGCACUAGCAAUAGGACCAGCUGUGAGUGUGAGCUUGUGCUGCAAUCCAUUCCUCAUACUGUAGGUGGCGCCUUUCUGCACCAAAUCUUAACACUACAUAGUAAUUGUCUGUGUCUGUCCUGUGUUCGUUCUCAUUUGGUCAGCUUUUUACAUAGGGAUAAAAUUCAUGAUGCUGUAACCAAUCACCUGCUGCUGUGACCAAUAAAUGAGAAGUGAAACCAUAGGGCGGCCAUCUUUUCAUCCACAUCUUCA